AAAUGAGAGGCUGGGAGGGGGAUGACUGGAGAUGGGCACUUUUCCGUGCCGUGUCCCGUCGGGCACGGUGGCUGGCAGGCUGGUGGCUGCCCUCCCCGGGGAUGCUGAGCGGCGGCGGGGCUGGGGCUGAGCGCUGGCAGCAUCUCCGCUUCCCCCACCCCCCGGAGGAUCGCUCCUGCUGAAGUCAUUUGGUGCGAGCUGCUUUUUCCUGUGCGAGGAUUAGGGAGUAGGAGAAUGGCUUUGUGAGGAAGCUCGGAGAGUGGGAGCUGAAGAGAGGCUGAACAGAGGGGCCGAAAGACUUUAGCCUUUCAUAGUUCUUUCAGUCAGUUCAUUCUCAGAGACCAAUUGCAUGCGAUACGGCAGCUGGGGGUUUUGUUUGCCUUUCAGCUGUGUACUGUAGGAGAAGCUGAUAGCUGAUCAGCUUCCCUGGAUUUCGCUGACGCCACAGGAAAGCUUUGCCUGAAGAUGGAAACACUGGAGUCAGAACUGACCUGCCCUAUCUGUCUGGAGCUGUUUGAAGACCCGCUGCUGCUGCCUUGCGCUCACAGCCUCUGCUUCAACUGCGCGCACCGCAUCCUGGUCUCCCACUGCGCCACCAACGAGCCAGUGGAGUCUAUCACCGCCUUCCAGUGCCCGACCUGCCGCUAUGUCAUCACCCUCAGCCAGCGCGGUCUAGACGGGCUCAAGCGCAACGUCACCCUGCAGAACAUCAUCGACAGGUUUCAGAAAGCCUCGGUCAGCGGGCCCAACUCCCCCAGCGAGACCCGCCGGGAGCGGGCGUUCGAUAACAACAGUAUGUCGUCCUGCGAGAAGGUCCUCUGCCAGUUCUGCGACCAGGACCCUGCCCAGGAGGCGGUGAAAACCUGCGUUACCUGUGAGGUGUCCUACUGCGAGGAGUGCCUGAAAGCCACUCACCCCAAUAAGAAGCCAUUCACCGGCCACCGUCUCAUCGAGCCAAUCCCGGACUCUCACAUCAGGGGAUUAAUGUGCUUGGAGCAUGAGGACGAGAAAGUUAACAUGUACUGUGUGACUGAUGACCAGUUAAUUUGUGCCUUGUGUAAACUGGUCGGGCGACACCGUGACCAUCAGGUGGCAGCUUUAAGUGACCGCUAUGACAAGCUAAAGCAAAAUUUGGAGAGUAACCUCACCAACCUUAUUAAGAGGAACACUGAACUGGAAACUCUUCUGGCAAAACUCAUUCAGACCUGUCAACAUGUAGAAGUAAAUGCAUCCCGCCAAGAAACCAAGCUGAUGGAAGAAUGUGACCAACUCAUUGAAAUAAUCCAGCAAAGACGGCAAAUAAUUGGAACCAAAAUCAAAGAAGGAAAGGUGGUGAGGCUGAGAAAACUGGCUCAGCAGAUUGCGAACUGCAAACAGUGCAUUGAGCGCUCGACAUCCCUCAUCUCUCAGGCUGAGCAGUCACUGAAGGAGAACGACCACGCUCGCUUCCUGCAAACAGCCAAAAAUAUCACUGAAAGGGUUUCCAUGGCAACUGCAUCCUCCCAGGUCCUAAUUCCUGAAAUUAAUCUCAACGAUACUUUUGAUACUUUCGCACUUGAUUUUACCAGGGAGAAAAAAUUGUUGGAAUGCCUUGAUUACCUUACAGCUCCCAACCCACCCACCAUUCGAGAAGAGCUCUGCACAGCCUCCUAUGACACCAUUACUGUGCACUGGACUUCAGAUGAUGAGUUCAGUGUGGUUUCUUAUGAGCUGCAGUACACCAUCUUCACUGGACAAGCCAACGUUGUUAGUUUAUGCAACUCAGCCGACAGCUGGAUGAUUGUUCCUAAUAUCAAACAAAACCACUACACAGUGCACGGGUUACAGAGUGGCACGAAGUACAUCUUCAUUGUCAAGGCCAUUAAUCAGGCUGGCAGCCGCAGCAGCGAGCCUGGCAAGCUCAAGACAAACAGUCAGCCAUUUAAACUGGACCCCAAAUCUGCUCAUAGAAAAUUGAAAGUGUCUCAUGAUAACUUGACGGUGGAACGGGAUGAAACAUCAUCCAAAAAGAGUCACACACCAGAGCGAUUCACGAGCCAAGGGAGCUAUGGAGUAGCUGGCAACGUGUUCAUCGACAGCGGGCGGCACUACUGGGAAGUGGUUAUUAGCGGGAGCACAUGGUAUGCUAUUGGUAUUUCCUACAAGUCAGCACCGAAGCACGAGUGGAUUGGAAAGAAUUCUGCCUCCUGGGUGCUUUGCCGCUGCAACAACACGUGGGUGGUGCGGCACAACAGCAAAGAAAUCCCCAUUGAGCCCGCGCCUCACCUCCGGCGGGUCGGCAUUUUGCUGGACUACGACAACGGUUCCCUUGCCUUUUAUGAUGCUUUGAACUCCCUACACCUUUACACUUUUGACAUUACAUUUGGCCAGCCAGUGUGCCCCACGUUCACGGUGUGGAAUAAAUGUUUGACCAUUAUAACUGGCUUGCCUAUCCCCGACCACCUAGACUCCUCCGAGCAGCUGGCGUGACUGCUAAAAGCCAAAAGGUAGGACAGCACAUCUUCCCAGGGCGGCCAGGUGGGGCCACCAGGAGCUCACCCAGAGCUGGAGGAUCCAUGUGGCAUCCCAGACAAUGCUGCCAAAUUUGGGCACAACUGACAAGGAGAGAAAACCUCUUCCUGUGUAUUUUGUACUGAAGGACAAGAAGUGGCUUCAAUAAUACCUUAGAACUUUUUUUUUUUUCAGUUGGUUUUGUUUGGUUGGUUUUGUAUUUCAUCUCUUACAGGAAGAUUUAUAAAUUAUUUAUAAAAAUGGAAAAAAAAAAGAGAAAAGUGAAAGCCUAGUAUGGACAUCGGGGAAAUGACUUCUUGUUUUUUUGUGGGGGGUUUUUUGCACAUUGGUGGUCCUGUUAAUUAAAGUUUCAUCAGCCUUUUGAAUAAUUUUAUUUUACAGUGGAUAAUAGAAGAAAAUUGGAAAGAUAAAAACUGCGGAGUGGACAAGUCAGUAUACUGCAGGUUUUACUUGUACCAACAUAAGUGGUCUCAUUACCAGUCUUGUUGAGUGUGAGAACUCUCAAUUUCUACUUUGCACAUGGGAAUGUGCAGACCAAAAGAACAAAAAUAAGCAAGCGAGGAAGUGGAGCUCGCCAACACAGCAAAAGAAUAAAGUUUAAUUUACUUCUGUUCACAGGGCAAUGCUCUCUCUGUUCAUAAAAAACAUGUGGAGUAUCUCCUAGAAAUGUGAGUGGAUAAAUCAUCUGGUGAUUUAUUUUAUUGAUGGCAAUAUUCCCAUCCACCAGUGCUUCACUUUCUUCUUUGGGAAACAUUAUAGAAUCACUGAGGAUGUGGAAGACCAAUACAAUCUGUGAGAAUCAGCAGCACUGGAGGAGAACAGCCAAUGCAAGGUCUGACUGUAGACUAAUUUGAUAAAGCACGGCAUCAUUUAAAGAUUGAUUGUAAUAGAAGAUGUCACAAUUCUGAUGGCAGACAUGUGAAUGCUUAUUGCUGAUUUUACAAGGUUCAACAUAGCAAGCCCAGCCAACAACUCGGAAGUGAGACAUGCGCCACUUUACCAUUGGUUUUAAAUUAAAUACAAAUGUUUCAUUGUCAUACACUGUGUAGUGUCUAUAACAAAGCAAGGAAAUCUGUUUUGCAUGUGCUGUAUGGAGAAACACUGCAGCUGGAGUUUGCUCAUAGUUAUCAUUGUCCCAGGUUGUUUGGGAAAGCACAGUUCACUUUGUGAAUGAAAAGUAAAGGGUAAGCUUUUAGCAGCAGUAGAAAUCUGCAUAGGGAGACCCUAUGUUCAUCCUGGUGUUGGUAGAAGAGCUUCAGUGAAGGCAAUAGAGGUUCUAUGUACUUUAUCUCAGAGCUGAAUCAGGUGCAUUUUUUUUUCUCUUUCCCUUUACAGAUAAAAGCUUUUUGUAAUUAUUGCAAUGCUUAUGUAUAAAUGAUCAUUUUGGGAGAUGAUUCAGGCAUAUGACAACUUUAAAAGAAUGGUUUUAUUACAGUGUUUUGCUGUUACUAUGCAAGUGGUGAAUAUCUGCCUGUGUAGAGAAAAGAUAAAUUGAAUAUCAGCUUUAAAGAUUUGCUCAGUAAUUUAUAACCAUGCUUUAGGUGUCUUUUGACAAAGAUGCCUUAAUGCACUUUGUUCACUAUUGGGUCCAAAAUAAAACGGUCCCAAGCUCAGCUUCAGAUUUUUUAAAUACUGAUUCUCCAGGUACAAAGCUCUACUACAGUUUGCCUUAUGAUUAUAUAAAAAAAAUAUGAAAAAGAUGAGGAGAAUAUGCACGUCUGUUUGUUUGUUUGGGAUUUUUUUUCAUAGAAAAUAAAUUCCUUUCCAUGUAUCUGAUUUCUCUUUACAUGCCCUGCUAACUGCUGAAUUAAAUGGAGAAAAAUAUGGCAGUACAUUGCUGAUACCAUGGCUUUCAGCUGGGCAACAUCCCAUAGUUCACAGGUAGGAGCCACUGAUCUUUCCCAAGUAGACAUAAAAAGGCAAAGUGUGUAUAUACAGUGAACCUCACUGUUUAUCAUAGUGUCAUUAAUAAUCAAGAAGUGUAUAACCUCAAAAAUUAAAAAGUAAAUCAGUCCCCAAGCAUCACAUUUUAAAACUGAGUACAAUGCUACUGGUACAGUCUGAUAUACAAUGCCCAGAUGAUCUGACCUGGAAUGUUUGGGAGCUAGCUGAGGUCGUAUGAAAAUUUUUUAAAUUAAUUGACAGAAGAUGUCUGAUGCAAAGCAGUGUUAAAAGGAUGCAUGAAGAAAGGACUUUUAUUCUACGGUUAUUGCCAAGUUUCUGCCUAAAAGGAAAGAGUGAAUUACCAAAGUACAUGUAGCAAGGCUGUGUAUCUUCUCUUUUGCAAGAAAUAUUAGAUCUAGAAGCUGAUUUCAGUAGUGGAUAAACUGAAAAUACUGCUCAGUGUUUGGUUAUACAAUGUUGGCAGAGACUGAGCUGGAUGGAAAUAAUACCAUGAAUUUGGAGAGGUCCCAAAUGAUUUCACAAAUUUUCAUUGUAAAGAUAGAGCAUGAGUCUAAAGACAGAUUGUGGUUUUGGCCAGUGGAAAAAGGAUGGUCUUUUAUCUACAGACCUUGCUGUAUCAUCUUUAUUUUAACACAGAAUACUUCAUUUGGAGCUAAGCCACAUUUCUCCAAUGUCCUAUUAACUCAGUCAGUACUCUUUGUUCAUAUAUGUUUGUGUAUAUAUGUACACAUAUGUAUGGGUAUACACACACCAGCAUAUGCACAAAUAUAGUGUGUAAUUUGUGUAUACACACACAUAUACGUUUGUAAUAUGUAUAUACACAUACAAAGUGACAGCAGUUAGUCAGGUGUUCCUUUUUUCCUUGUUUCUUGGAAAAUUUCGUAUUCUGUAUGACAAUGAGGAAACAAGUUUGCUAUGAAUAGUAUUCUUCUGGACGUUUUUUAACAAACAAAAUCUGUUUAUUUUACAAUACGUGAUUCAAUGCCUGAUUAAUCAAUAAAAACUUCCAUUUGAAAAUGUA